UUGGUCAGGUCUUGAUAGACUCCUGCGUUUUUUUUUUUCUUUAAGGAACUGAGCCCAGUAAGUCUGUUGUCAACAGGCUGAGCGAGAAACGAGCCGUUGAUGCGACUUGGUACGUGGAACUGAUAAAACACAUGUUACCGUUUUGGAGAAAAGCCGUAGGACUCGUUUUGGAAGUUCAGCUUUGUUCGGUGUUUCCAGACCAAAAUGAAGUCCCCUGGACACGAAGCCCCCUGAGCAUCAUGGACAUGUGAAACUUGACUCUGCAGUAGGCAGUAUGCAACUCCCAGGCUGGAUUGAAUGGCACUGAGGAUACAAGACUGCGACUUAGUGGGAGUACUGCAAUGAAUAGCCAGCAUCCUAGCCAUGCAAAGAGCGCUCACCCCAAAGAAAAACAGACACCUGCCUUGUCCCCCAAGCUCCAUGUCCAGCGAUCGACAUCAAAGGACACCAUCACCAUCCACUUCUCAGCUCUUGGGAAGGAGGAAGAGGAGGAGGAAGAAGAUCUGUACAGGACAACUGUCUCCACUACCUUAGCCAAUCAGGAUGACUCGGACAUUGUGACAGCCUUAGAAGCAAGUGAAGCGAUUCUGACAGCCUUAGAAGCAAGUGAAGAGAUUCUGACAGCCUUAGAAGCAAGUGAGGAGAUGUUUGAAAGCGUGCCAAUGGACACUGCAGACGAAGUUGCUGUCAUGCCUGAAUCAUCCAGACUUUCUCCAGUUCCUGGACAUCACACUAGCCGUCCUCCCACGCACACUUUGCCAUUGCAUAAUGUUGAGCAAAAAGGCUCAAAAUUAAAUUCCUCUCCACCUAAAUCUUUGAGCUUUCCCUCCAGUGACAAACCCUUCCUCAGCUUGAUGAAGUCUCUCUCCUCUGACACGGAGUCUCGUGACCGGAUCCCUUCAGUUGACGCUCCUACAGUAAGGCAUAGGCACCUGAUGAAGACUCUUGUCAAAUCUUUAUCUUCAGAUACAUCCCAGGAGUUGUCCUCCUCCUCCUCCACACCCUACCGUCUUCCAGAAUCCCGCCUUAACCUGCAACUCUUCAAGCAAUUCAAACAGUCCCGGAUGCCGUCUGCUACCACGUCGUCAGCCGGCGAUUCUAAAACCGCUCCUUCCUCUCCGUUAACUUCACCAGAAAACCGCAGCUUCUUUAAAGUCUCAGAUGUGGAGGCAAGAUAUGAAGACACUAAGCGGCGUCUCUCUGAGGUCAUCUCCGAACCGCUCCAACUGCUGAGUAAGAUGAUGGAUGAAAAGAGUGGCAGCAGUAUUUACUGGCCCAAGGCCCUCUCUGCCAGUGCCUCAGAACUCUCCAACAUUGCUUCUAUCAAUGAUCACCUGGAGAGCAACAACAAUUACUGCAUCAAGGAGGAAGAAGGAGGUGACCUAGAGGCUGAGAGCCCCAACAGCUCGGCUUCUGGUCCAGCUGAAUCACCUGUUCCCCCCUCUGUUGACACUAAGAGCCCCAACAAAUCAUUACUUUCCAUGUCGUUGGACAAAUGCUCUAUGUCCGCUCUUGCUAAACAAGAGUAUGAGGACUUUUGCAUCCUGUACAGUGAGGACUUUGAGAAUUGUACUGACACAGAAGGUGAUGGUGGUGGUGAUAGAACUGAUGAUACUGGAACUGGGAGUCAAACUAAAGUGCCACUAAGUGGUAGUACUGAACCGUGCAGUGAAGAUGAAUCUGAAAGUAUUGAGCCGGCACCUAGUGUUCCACACUAUACUCUCAUCUUCCUUACUGUACUGGUCUAUGGGUAUUUUGUAUUACCUCUGCCAAGUUACAUAGGAGGAAUGCUGCUUGGGAUUGGGCUGGGAUUCCUUUUAGCCAUUGGUGUUGUGUGGCUGACAGGACCAAAACCUUCUGGCAGUACUUUAAGACAUUCCAGACACCCUGGGAAGCUGUGGAAUCUGAAUAAGUUGGACAUUAAGGAACCAGAAAUCUAUAAGGGCUGGAUGAAUGAGAUAUCGAACUAUGACCCAGAGACAUACCACGCCACACUGACGCACUCUGUGUAUGUCCGCUUAGAGGGCUCCAUCAUUCGUUUGUCUAAACCCAACCAUAACGUCGCCCGCCGUGCCAUACACAAUGAACCAAAACCCGACGUCACCUACAUCAGUCAGAAGAUCUAUGACCUCACCAACAGCAAAGUAUAUUUAGCACCUCCGAGCCUGGCCAGGAAACGUAUAUGGAACAAAAAAUACCCCAUAUGCAUUGAACUUGGCAAACAGGAUGACUUCAUGUCAAAGGCCGAGGGUGACAGGUUGGAGCCCGGUGAGAGCUCCAACACAAGGGACAGAGGAGAGGGGACAGGAGGGUGGUCGUCUUCGUCCAGUAGAGACCUGACCCUCUUUCUGUUCGGAAGGACUGGGAGAGAGAAGGAGGAGUGGUUCCAGCACUUUCUGUCAGCUUCCCAGCUAAAGGAGGACUUGAAGAAAGCUUCUGGUGUUGCCGGGAGUAAGAAUGCUCAGAGCUCUCACAGCCGCAGCAGCAGCCGCGGCAGUCUGGAUGAGGCACUGGCAUCUCAGCCCAGGUCAAAGGACUCCUCAGUCUCCUCAGCAACAGCAGGCAGUGCCAAAACCAAACCGCUAGUUGACUACAAUGUAUACAUGGCCUCCUUACUGCCAAAACAGGCGGUGGUCAGCCCUGCAGCUGCGAACUCUGCUCUUCAGAGUCCUCAGAGCAGCCCUGGGGCUGAUAAGAAGCUUCCGAGCACCAGUUCAUCUCAAGUGCAGCCCAGGGAGGUGGAGGAGGAGAAGAAGAAGGAGGAGGAGGAGGAUGAUGAGAAGAAGGAGGAUACCGUUGCCUGGGUGAAUGCAGCUCUUGGCCGGGUCUGCUGGGACUUCCUGACCGAGCCCUAUUGGGCUGAACUGGUCUCCAAGAAGAUUCAGAUGAAGCUCAGCAAAAUACGGUUACCUUACUUCAUGAAUGAGCUAACCCUGACAGAACUGGACAUGGGCUCGGCCACUCCCAGAAUCCUUGGGGCAUCCAAACCCUCUAUCGACUACAGAGGUCUGUGGUUUGACCUGGAGAUUUCCUACAGUGGUUCCUUUCUGAUGACCCUGGAAACCAAGAUGAACCUCAUUCGCCUGGGAAAGGAGGGCGAAAGCGUCCGCUUUGGGGAAGUUGGCAAAGAUGGAUACAGGCCGCGGACGUACUGCCUGGCUGAUAGUGAUGAAGAGUCUUCCAGCGCAGGCUCAUCAGAUGAGGAAGACUCCUCAGAGCUCUCAAAUGACUCGGCGGGAGCAGAGGGUUUGGUCGGAGGCCACAAACCCAGCAAGAUCAUGCGCUUCGUGGACAAGAUCACCAAGUCCAAAUACUUCCAGAAGGCCACAGAAACCGAGUUCAUCAAGAAGAAGAUGGAGGAAGUGUCCAACACACCCCUUCUGCUUACGGUGGAGGUGCAGGAACUCCAGGGAAUGCUUGCUGUCAACAUACCCCCUCCACCCACUGACAGGAUAUGGUAUGGCUUUAGGAAGCCGCCUCACCUGGAACUGAAGGCACGCCCUAAACUGGGAGAACGAGUAGUCACCCUGGCUCACGUUACGGACUGGAUAGAGAAAAAACUGGACCAGGAAUUCCAGAAAGUCUUUGUAAUGCCAAACAUGGACGAUAUAUGGCUGACUGUCAUGCAUUCUGCCAUGGACCCACGCACAGCCGGCGGACCCUUAGUUGGCCUCGCAGUGGACCCAGAGCCUUCCCAGCCAGGGAAGGACAGCACCAGCCAGCCAUGAAGAUUGUUUACAGUAUUUCCUACAACUUAUGAAGUCUCAACUGGAACUGGAGCCAAAGUGGAUAUAGGUCAGACGCUAAUACAAAUCCAGUCCCGUAGUGAUUGGACUUCUCACUUGCCAUAGAGGAAACCUUAUGAAUCUUAAAGGAACAAGGUGGAGUCGACCAAGGAAACACUAAAGACAACCUGUCGCUUGCUGCUCUGUUCAGUAGUAUUUAUUGUGCCAGAGGAAAAGGUGAUUUAUGAAGGAUUUAUAAAACUAUAAGAACCUAUUGAAUAGGGACUGAUAUGUGAAGAGAGUCCUAGUUGGCUCAGAGUUUUGGUUGGUUUAAGUUAAUAAGGGGGGUUAUAUCGGGAUACAUAAGUAUAUAAUGUCCAAUGAACACAUUGUGAAAGCAUUCACCAGAUACCUUACAGCCUCCAGGUGACACGUUUUCGGUAACACUUUACUUGAAGGUAUCUACAUAAGAGCGACGUGACACUGUCAUGAACACAUGACAGUGUCAUGACACAUGAAUCCUAACUCUAACUUGUCAUGACAAAAACCGAAUGACACUUACUAAAAGAAGUGUUAUGUCAUAAACGUUUAUGACUUGUUUAUGACACGUUCAUGACAGUGUCAUGUCACUCUUAUGUAGAUACCUCAGUGUGUAAGCCAAGUUUCUGCUGAGUCUAGAGAGUGAGAUAGAGCAUGGUAGCCCCUAGAUUGUAGCAAUGCAGUAAGUGGAGUUUUACAACAUGAUAAUAUGUUGAAAUUAGAGGUGUUUCAUAGUAAAUGACAUUUUUCAUAGUGUGCUAUGGAGUUGUCCUUUCCAUUGUUGACAAUGAACAAAGGGUAAGCAAAAAGUAUAUCGAAGAAGCUCAGAUACUUGAUGUACUUUAAGUGGCUUUAUGUCAGCGUUUUUUUGAUCAGGUGUUUACAGUUAACAGUAUUCAUUUGUGCUGUGACCACACCCUGAACUCCUCCCUAUAUUUGCCAAGACCCCAUUUUUACGCCGAUGAUGCCCCUAUCCGUGUAUGUGGAAAUAAUGCUCGAGCAGACACACAUUACCUAGGAAAAGUGUCAUUCACUAUGUAAAUUCCAUGCUAAUGACAAAUACGCAAACACAAUAAGUGCAAUGAUUGAAGGUUAACUAUAGUAUGAGCUUGUAUAGAUAUUAUAUAAGAGUUUAUGUCUAAUGAGAAGUAUGACACCUCUAACAUGUCUAUUGAAUGUAUGUGUGGAUAGUUUUGGUUAUUGUAUGACAAGAGUUUUGGAAAUUCGUCGUAUGGAAAUUCUUGCACAAAUAGCAAGUUUUCUUUUGGUUUUCUUAUGAUAAACACUAUCUCAUCUUGCAUACCUUUUUCCAGGUGUCAUUCAAUCGUAUGGAGUACCACGUGGUGUAUUUAUCUAAACAUCAUUUCUACUCAAUUGUGUUCAUGUUGAUGGCGGUGAUGAUAUUGUUGGAAGUUCAUUGAAAUGGCCAACUUCGAUAUGUGACAGUGCUUUAAAAAUACUCUAUCCGUCAUACUGUAUGUACAACAAUUAGAUGAAGUUAAGGUGUGUACCAUAUAGUGAAGCAUCUAUUGCCAAGAAUGUAUAGCCUUAUCAACAGGUUUCCUUUCUGAAAAUACCCUUUUAACCGUGUCAUAUUUCUAAUUAAACCAAAGUCCUUUGAUUAGGCUUGUAGUGCCAGAUCUCUCUCUCUGCUCAAAGGUACACAUCCUGUGUUGAUAUAGCAUUGUGAGGUUAUAUUUGCAUAUGUGCUACAAUACCUAGCUGCAUUAACAUUGUUUACAGGAAUUCUUACCUUGUUGUCAUUUUUUUUUUGCUCUCUUAGGAUACUAAAGCACUGUAACACAAAUUGAUUACUUUUAUGAUUGUACUUCCUUUAUGCCUUGGUUAGUUUUUGUUAAGUAUUUGUUUUUUAGAAUGACUACACGAGGUGGGUUAUGGUUGAAUUUGUUUGUCUAUUUCUUUGGAAUAAACGUAAUGAAAUAAGAUUUUUGAGGAUAUAUGAAGAUCAUGUCAUGAUUUGUAUCUGUGAAUUGUUGAUGACUUUUUAAGAUAAGGUCAUUUUAAGGCCACAUUCAGUAAUUAUAUGUAUCUGCCUUAUUUAUAGAGCAAAUAAAUCUGUUUAAUGAAA